UUAACUUAUCCACCUGCUGGUUUUACCAAACAUUGGGGAAGUUUAAUUAAAAUUCUUUGUUUUUUUGUGGCCUUUAAUCGAUGUUAGGGUUUUUCACGUCGUUGCGUUAUACACCCGUCAAUUGACGUUUAACAAAAACGCGCCAUUUCAUGUGAAACCUUUUAUUAAGUUUUUUCAAAUGAAUUGUGUGAAAAAUGUCCGAGGACUUGUUAGACAGUCUCCUCUCAGUGGCCACCGAAGAACUGAAAAGGGAUAACGCACCGGUAAGGACCCUAACCGAAGCAGACCUCUUCGGCAAAGACGAGGACGAAAAACCAAAAAACCCGUCCAAAAGCUCCAUUCAUACUGGAGACACCGACUCAUCAGACGACGAAGACAAUAAGUACCACGAAGAGCGCAAAUACAAUGAUUACGGGCGUGAAAUUAAGCACUUAUUGGAGUCGAAUCACUCGGCCCCAAAUAGCCCCAUUUCUCAGCCGGAAGUCUCGUGGAAAAAUCAGACUGUUAAACCGAAGAUAUUGCCCAAAAUACAAGACGCUCAAAGUGACCCUGUUUUCGGAUUAAGAAUCGUUAAUCCUACCAUAUCUUUCAAUACGUUACAAGACAGAAUGGUUGGACGUGAAGCUGUUGCCUUUUCAAGAGUUAAAAAGUUUGUUUCGGGGAACAUUUCGGACAAAAAUUGGGUAAUAGCGGGGGUUAUUGCCGGGAAAAGCUCAGUUAAAACGUCCCAGAAAGGCAACCAGUUCAUAAUCUGGUGUCUCAGUGACUUGAAAAAUGAUAUUAAAACCGUAUCAGUUCUCUUGUUCGGGAGUGCAUAUAAACAACUGUGGAAAACAGCAACAGGGACUGUGGUCGGAAUCCUGAACCCAACAGUUUUAGAGACGAGGGAUAAUUCCAGAGAUGAAGCUACUUUAAGUGUUGACAAUAGUCAAAAAGUAAUGAUUAUGGGACAGUCUAAAGACUUGGGUACUUGCAAAAGUACGAAAAAAAGCGGGGCCCAAUGCACUAAUAUUGUCAAUACAAGUCAUUGCGAAUAUUGCAUUUAUCACAUCAAACAAGAGUACCAAAAAUGCAGCAAACGCGCAGAAUUACAGUCGAGUUUCGUUGGAAAAGGCUUGACAGCCCUUAGGAACAAGGUUUUAGGCAAAAAUGAAGUUUUUUAUGCUGGAAAAUCGUACACGGCAAUUCCAGCCAAACGAAGCAAGAAGUUAGAACAAAAAGAGAAGAAUCUUCUUCAAGCUCUUAGUGGUAAUGCACCACUGACCAGAAAACCCACCUCUACAAAAAAAACUUCAAAAGUUGCUGCAAAUAUUGAAGUUACACAACGUCAGAGGCUACGAGAUUUGAGUUUAUUGGAUAGGUUGGGCGGAUAUGGUGUUAAAACUGAUUUCAAAGGCACACAUUCGGCAGAAGUCACCCUAGAAAGUUCGAAGAAAACUGCAAUUGAAGUUAUUUCGAAACUGAAAGCCGUUGCAAAAACUACAGACAAGGUGGAACCUGUGGCAAAGCUUCAAGAAGUCACAGCAACACAUUCGGCAGAAGUUACUUUAGAAAGUUCGAAAAAAACUGCACUUGAAGCUAUCUCAAAACUGAAAUCUGCAACAAAUUCGAAGAAGAUGGAACCUGUCUUGAGGCCUCAAGAAGUCAUUUCGGAAAAUACAAAGAAAACUUCAAUUGAAAUUAUUUCGAAAGUGGAUGUUCCAGUGCUGUUAGGUAGUGACAAGGGAACAAUUGAUUUGGGGGCGUCAGUUACCCCCCAACAAAUCAAUCGAGCAAAGUUAAAUGCUCUGAAAUAUGUGCAAAAAAACGGCCCUUUGAAAAAAUCGGACCCCAACAGCGUAAAGUCGCCAGGAAACAGAAAACGGGUUUUGGAAAACUCCGAUAACGUAGAGAACGUUUCAAAGAGACCAAAAAGCGAGUUACUUUCAGACCGGUUUAGAAAAAUGAUGGAGACAACUUCGAGACACAUGGACGCGCUCGACAACCGUGAUAAUGAAGAGCAAGAAAAAUAUUUUGAAAAGUUGGAAAAGAAGGAACAAAUGGAGAACAAAAUGAUCAAUACGUUUAAAGUGGCGUGUAAAGCUGUUAGGUGUUUGCAGUGUAAAUACACAAAUUUUUCGGCAUCGCAGUUUUGUAAAGAGAACAAACACCCGUUGAAAGUUUUUGAUGCCAUGAAGAGGUUUUUCAAAUGUGGGGAUUGUGGGAAUAGGAUUACGUCGCUGGAGGUUGUUCCGACAGUUGUUUGUAAGAAUUGUGGUUCAGGGAAGUGGGAAAGGACUGGGAUGAUGAGGGAGAAGACAGUGGAUGUGGGGCCGACGUUGUCAAUCAGGGGCGGAGAACAAACGUUCGUUAAUUCGGUUAUUACAGACUCCAACUUGAAUCUGCUGGUUCCUGAUGAAUAACAUGCCUGCUUACUCGGUUGUGGACUAAAUUGUUUGAUUACUCGUUACCUAAAUAUAAAUAUUUUCUUUGUGAA